CCCAAAAAGUUUGAGUCGCUGCUGCCGGGUUGCCAGCGGAGUCGUGCGCGCGGAGCUACGUAGGGCAGAGAAGUCAUGGCUUCUCCGUCCAAAGGCAAUGACCUGUUUUCGUCUGAUGAGGAGGGCCCGGCGGUGGUGGCUGGGCCGGGCCCUGGGACCGGGGGAGCCGAGGGGGCCGCCGAGGAGCACCGCGUCAAGGUCUCCAGCCUGCCCUUCAGCGUGGAGGCGCUCAUGUCGGACAAGAAGCCGCCCAAGGAGGCGUCCCCACUGCCAGCCGAAAGCGCCUCCGCCGGGGCCACCCUGCGGCCACUGCUGCUGCCCGGACACGGCGCCCGGGAAGCUCACAGCCCCGGGCCGCUGGUCAAGCCCUUCGAGACCGCUUCGGUCAAGUCGGAAAACUCAGAAGACGGAGCCUCGUGGAUGCAGGAACCCGGCAGAUACUCGCCGCCGCCAAGACACAUGAGCCCCACCACCUGCACCCUGCGCAAGCACAAGACCAACCGGAAGCCUCGGACGCCCUUUACCACGUCCCAGCUCCUCGCUCUGGAGCGCAAGUUCCGCCAGAAACAGUACCUCUCCAUUGCAGAGCGGGCAGAGUUCUCCAGCUCUCUGAACCUCACAGAGACCCAGGUCAAAAUCUGGUUCCAGAACCGAAGGGCCAAGGCGAAAAGACUGCAGGAGGCCGAACUAGAAAAGCUGAAAAUGGCUGCAAAACCUAUGCUGCCCUCUGGCUUCAGCCUCCCUUUCCCCAUCAACUCACCCCUGCAAGCAGCAUCCAUAUACGGAGCCUCCUACCCUUUCCAUAGACCCGUGCUCCCCAUCCCGCCCGUCGGACUCUAUGCGACUCCAGUCGGAUAUGGCAUGUACCAUCUAUCCUAAGGAACACCGGCUCCAUAGACUCCAUGAUGGAUGUUUGUUUAAGUGGCCCCCCCCCUUCAAAUGGCAGUACCAAGCCCGUAGGCCUGCUCUGCAAACCUGCAUGCAUGCGCCACCCUAAGCGGCCUAAGAACUAUGGCCACAGCCUUAGUUCAAAUUUGUUGUUUAGGCUGGAGGCACCAAGCCCCAUUUUCUUGGUGUGAUCUUCUACAUGCCCCCUUCUCCUUCCACAAAGAUUGGCUUUGGUGGUUUUUAUAUAUAAAUAUAUAUAUAAUAAAAUAUAAUGACAUUUUUAUACAGCAGCCAUAAAAAUGCAGAUUAUUUUGAAAGGCAAAAUUUAUAUGCACAUAUGUAUACUUUUUUCUACCUAUCACCUUCCUAAAAGAGACUGCCUUAAGUCCAGUUGUUUUUUUUCUUAUAGGAGAGACCAAUGAUUUGCAAAAAUUGCUGACAUUUGGUGAUUUUGAUGGGAUGAUUGCCUUUUGCUUAUGGAAAACAAAGGUUAGAAUUAGACAGGAUGCAUAGGAAGUAGAGAUGGAGAGAUUCUUCAAAAUGACCAGGACACAUCAUGUUUUUUGCAUUUUUACAUGCAUUAAAAAACUCAUUAGGUACUACCCUAUGUGGCCCUAUAUUUUUCCUUCUGUCCACAUUGUUACAGAUUGUUAAAGUUUUAACUUUUUUUUUUUUU